UGCAAGCAAAAGUAAAAAGGAAGCAGUUUUUUUGUAUUGUUGUGUGCUUUCUACUUGUACGCAGCGCAUGUGAAACGUGGGUGAAAAAGGGCCAAAGCAAAGAAACAAGACCAACAACAACAACAACAGCAGGGACCUGCACAAGUGCAACGCGCAACGACUGUGUGUUUGUGUGCGUGUGCGUGCGUGUGUGUGUGUGAGGCAGGAAGAGACGGAAGUACUUUGUGCUCUUUGUGGCUGCGGCCUGCUCUUCCUCUAUAACGUCUCCAGCUUGCGCUCGAUUUGUUUUUGUGUUUUGUUCAUUUCUGUGCGCCAUUCCCUUUUGGCGCUGACAUUCGCUUGCAAUGGCAAAUAAGAAAACAUACACAAAACACUUUUAAAGCAAGCGCAACGCAGCGCAGCGCAACGACAAAAGCAACGGUCAACACAGGAUUAACGUAACGCAGCUACCAAGUCACUUCACAAUGGCCACUUGACGUCGCGUCGCAGUAGCAGCGAACGACGACGCGUCUCAGCAGAACCAGGAAAUCGGCAGUCGUCGCAGCAGCAGCAGCAAAGUGCAUGCAUUACGUCGCGUGACGUUCGGCUAACGUAACGUUACGUAGUAGUGCAGCAGUUGUAGUUAAGGCGAGCGUCGUCAAAGAAGAAGAAGAAGAACUGCAAGCAGAAGCAACAACACAUUAACAUUAACAACAAGUGUAACGCGCGUUUUCUGCAUCUGGACAACAUAUCCGCUUCCGCGUUCCGCGCUGUCGCUGAGAGCUUUAAGCUUAAGAGAACGGCAAACAGACAACAGGCAUUACAAUAACAACAACAACAGCAGCGAACUACGUCACGGCACAGUGGAGCAAAAGCAAACAGAUUAAUCCUAAUCUUGUGGCUUGAGCUUCGAUUAGAACACACACACACAGCGCGUUUGCAUGUCCAAAAUGAAAAUGCUUCCAGUACAGCUAUCACUGAAUCCGCUCAAUCCCAGCAUCUGGAGCGAUGUCAUCUGGCGCUGCCCGCCGCCGCCCUCCAGCCAGCUGGCGGAGCUGAAGACCCAGCUGCCGCCGUCGCUGCCCUCGGAUCCGCGUCUCUGGAGCCGCGACGAUGUGCUCGACUUUCUGCGCUUCUGCGUGCGCGAAUUCGAUCUGCCCAAGCUCGACUUUGAUCUCUUCCAAAUGAACGGCAAGGCUCUGUGCCUGCUGACACGCGCCGAUUUCGGGCAUCGGUGUCCCGGCGCCGGCGAUGUCCUGCACAAUGUGCUCCAGAUGCUCAUCAUCGAGUCGCACAUGAUGCAAUGGCAUCUGCCCAACAGCCCCGUCACGCCCACCGGCCGUUAUCCGCUGUCGCCGCACAGCCACCCGCCGACGCCCACCUGGCCGCCGCUGAACGCGCCGCCCGAGAGCAGCAAUCCCUUCCACAGCAACAGCAGCGCCGCCGCCCACAUGGCGGCGCAUCACUUCAUGGCGCCCAAUUCCGUGACGCUCAGCCCGCCGCCCUCGGUCGACUCGCAGGCCAGCAGUCCGCCCCAGCCGGCGGCUUAUCAAAAUGGCGGCGUCGCCCUCUCCAAUGCUGCCGCCGCAGCCGCCGGUACAACAACGGCAACGACGAGCGCUGCAGCCGCCGCCGCCGCCGCCGGCUCCUCCAGCGGCAGCAGCACGGCCAGCAAUGGAUCCGCCUUGAACGGCUGCGUCCAGCCCAUGAAGGGCAUCAGCAGUGCCAGCAGCAAUCACUCCGACUCCGAGGAGGAGUACUCCGAGCCCAGCAACAACAACAACAACAACAGCGGCAGCAAGGCGAAUAAUCUGGCAACGGGUCCGCUCUCCUACAGCGCUGCCGGCAGUCCUCCGGGCACGCCCAUACACAAGGACAUGAAGCCCAAUUGGACGCAACAGUUGACCAACAGCUUUGUCAACUCCUGGUCACAGCAGCAGCAACAACAACAACAACAGCAGCAACAACAACAGCAGCAACAGCAACAACAACAACAGCAACAGCAGCAACAACAGCAACAACAACAACAAUCGAAGCAGCAGCUGACGCUGGACAACACUGGCGGCGCGGUUUUGGCGCCGGGCGGAGGCUCCAUCUCGGCCCCGACGACGCCCAGUUACAUGUACAAAGCCAAGCGGGAAUUCUUUCCCGAGAACUCGGAGCCGAAUACAAAUGGCCGCCUCCUGUGGGACUUCCUGCAGCAGCUGUUGAACGAUCGCAACCAGAAGUACAGCGAUCUGAUCGCCUGGAAGUGCCGCGACACGGGCGUCUUCAAGAUCGUCGAUCCCGCCGGGCUGGCCAAGCUGUGGGGCAUCCAGAAGAACCAUCUGUCGAUGAACUACGACAAGAUGUCGCGCGCCCUGCGCUAUUAUUACCGCGUCAACAUUCUGCGCAAGGUGCAGGGCGAGCGGCAUUGCUAUCAGUUCCUGCGCAAUCCCACGGAGCUGAAGAACAUCAAGAACAUAUCCCAGCUGCGCCAGACGACAACGCCCGUGGUGGGCCCAGGUGCUGGUGCUGCUGCCGCCGGUGCUCCAGGCCCCACGCCCAACCAGGUGGGCAGCCAGGCGCCCGCCAGCCCCAGCUGGACGCAGCAGCAACAGCAGCAGCAGCUGCAGCAGUCGCCACAGCGUCCGGCCUCAAGGAACGGACCCAACAUGUCGCUGCCCACUGCGGCGGCUGUGGCAGCGGCUGCGGCCGCCGCGUACGGGCCGCAGCCGACGUCGCCGCUCUUCAUGCACGCCUUUCACUAUCUGUCCGCCAAUGCGGCGGCCGCGGCAGCAGCAACAGCUGUCCAGCCGCCCGGCUCGCCAGCCGGGGUGCAGUGCCUGACGCCCGGUGCGCCCGUCUCCGGGCCCGGCGACAAAUUCCAAUUUCAUCCGCUGAAGCUGGAGAACGGCGGCGACAGCGCUGGCGAGGAUCUGAAGCCGACCGAUCUGAGCGUGAGCAGCAAAAGCGCCGCCGCCAGCAGCAGCAGCAGCAGCAACAACAACAACAGCCACAACGAGGAUUGCUAUCCGCUCAUACGCAAUGCCGACGGCCUGACCACCAUCAAGCUGAUACGCUACAACGAGCAGUCGGAGCUCAAGACGGAGGCAGCCGAGCAGGGAGCUGCAGCUGGCAGCAGCAGCAGCGCCGCCGGCUCACCCAGGCCCAUGGAUGCAGUCGAGCGGGAGCGGGAACGGGAGCGGGAAAGGGAAAGGGAGCAGCAGUCGCAACCUGUGCCCAUGGACAGCGAAUGCAAUGGCAGCGAUGAGGCGGCGGCAUUUAGGCAUAUGCAUUAGGCACAACCACCCACCCACACACACGCACACACACACACACACACACACACACACACACACACACACACACACACACACAUGCACUAUGACAAUCAGCCACACCCACACACGCCCACAACUUUACCUGAGCAAUAAAUGCAGCUGCCUUUGGGACCAGCCAACAACAACAACACACACACACACACUCUCUCAUUACCUUUUGUACAUACCAACACACACACACACCUGCACACACACGCACACCUUAUGCGCACGUGUGUGUGUUAAUUAGCGCCUAGUUUUUGUCUGUCAUUUCAAAGGGCAGCCUUAAAUAUUUAAUUUAAAUACACAUUUUAUACAUUUAAAUCUUUGCAUAAGUUGCACACACAC